UAUUUUAACAGGCUGUGCUCCCAGACUGCUUUCUCUUAGUUCAGAAUCUAGAGGACUGUUCAAAUUUGAUUGAUCUUAAGUGGUAUAACAUGGGGAAUGUCAUUCAGAUUUUAAUUUUGGUUUUAAAUCCAGCACACUAUCGCUAAAACUUUACGUACAGGCUGUUUUUUGUAAGAUUGAUAAUAUUUGGUUCCCUUUCUUUUGCUGCAGAGUGAGCCAUGAGAGAACAAAAUUACUACACUGUUCUUAGAGCAGAGCUUAUCUCAUCAGAUGCUGGUCAGCAAACAGUGAAAGUAAAUGAUGCAGAGCCCUGUUGGGUUGUGCUCCAUAAGAAAUACAGAGAAGAAAAUGCUUGCCAUUGUGAAGGAAUUAAAACAUUAGUUCAAGCCAUCUUACUUCCAUCCUCUGACAGUGUUAAAUGUGGAGUUACAGAAACAUUUUUAAAACGUUCCAAAAGAGUUGGUAGAACUUCACUUGAAACUGAUGAGGAAGAUUGGGAAGUCUGUCACAGCAGACAGAUGGGAAAAAUACUUGAUCAAGAUAUGCCAAGAGUUCAACAGUACUUGGGCAUGGGAGAUGGAGAAGAAAGGAUACCUGGAAACGAGUGUUGAAUGCAAAUUGGGAAUUCUGAAGUACCUCUGUGAGUGUCAGUUUGAUGACAAUCUAAAAUUUAAGAAUAUCAUUAAUGAAGAGGAUGCUGAUGCUAUGCGUCUCCAGCCAAUUGGUCGAGACAAGGAUGGUCUAAUGUAUUGGUACCAGCUGGAUCAAGAACAUAAUGUGAGAAUGUACGUAGAAGAACAGGAUGACCAGGAUGGAUCUUCUUGGAAAUGCAUAGUCAGAAACCGAAAUGAGCUAGCUGAGACGCUUGAGCUUUUGAAAGCACAAAUCGAUCCUGCACUGUUGAAAAAGAACAACCAGCAGGACAGCUCAUCACGUGAAAGCCCUAGCAUAGAAGAUGAAGAUAGCAAAAAGGAGGAAGAAAUAUCUCCACCAGGAAAUGAAUUAAAAAUAAAAGAAGAGGAGAAGAACAUGGAGGAACAGUCAAAGGAAUUGGAAAGCCUUCCUCCACCUACAGUUCCAGCAGAUGAAAACAUGAUGAAAAUGGAGAAAGUGGAAGAAAAGGAAAUUAUAAAACUGCCAGUCAUAGUAAAGCUAGAAAAACCUUCAGAAAACAGUGAGGAAAAGCAGAUUACCAAAGAAGAAAAUGAUUCCUUUAAAGAAAAUGUCAAGCCUGUUAAAGCAGAAGUGAAGGAAAAUAAAGUAGAACCAAAAGAUUUAAAAGACAUUAAAAGCAGCACAGAUAAAAUAACAGUACAUGAGCCUGAGAGAUUAGAGUUUUGUGUCAAUGUCAAAACCCCUCAAGAAGUUGUGGAUAAAUCUGCAGAAGAAAGUGAGAAACUUAAAAAUGACCAGCAGGCAAAGAUACCACUGAAAAAGCGAGAGAUCAAGCUGACAGAUGACUAUGACAGCCCAAUAAAGGGGUCCUUGUGUAAAUGUGUUACUCCAACAAAGGAUGUCUUGAAAGAGGAAGGAAAACCAGAGGAGGAGGGUUUUAGAAGAGUGCCUACAAUCACUGCUUUAUGUCCUGAUGGGAAAUUGCUAGUAAAUGGAGAGGUUACCAGUGAAAAAGUCGCCCAAAAUGUCACCCAAAAUAAUAAGUCAGAACAUUCCAUUAGCACAAAGGAAGACAGCAGCAGCUCAUCGAAGGAGAAAAAUUGCAUAAGUGGGGGGAAAAUAUCAGACUCUUUAAACUCUGUUAGCAAAAUUGUGAAAACAUAUGAAGAUGAGAAAAAUGUGCCUACCGACAAAGAGGUAGCUGCUACGAUCUCUGAGGUUUCUAAUCAGAAAGUGCCUUUAAAGGAGGAAUCUAGUCUUAUGGAAAAAGAGUCCCUCGACAGUAUGACUUCUGAGGUGGCAAUGGAGGACUCGUGGAAAGCAGGAUACUGCCCCAAGAAACCUGAAGAGAAAUUAGCUUUGAAAACUAGGAAGGACAGACGACCACCACUCAAAGAAUGUUUAGAAAAGCUGGAAAAGUCCAUGAAGACAUCCACUCCUAAGGAGCCACCCAAGCUUGAUCUAACAGAUGAAGAGGGUUUGAAAAGUAAAAAUGAACUGGAGAAGAAAUCUGACUCUCCAAAAGCAGCUGAAACACCUCCAUCAUCUAUUCCUCCUGUUCCUUCCGAGAAAUCUGCUUUAGAAAAAGAGGGCUCAGAUUCCAAAAACAUACUUCCUGAUGAAAGCAAAGUUCAGGAAGGAUCAGAUUUAGAAAAACAAAAGGAGGAAUUCGAAGUUCCCCGGACAGAACCAGAUAAACAAGAUAAUGCCCAAACCUCUAAUAUAGAGGAGUCUCCAGAGACUAAAAAGGAAUCUCCAGUACAAAAAAGCAAAUUUAAAUAUAAACUGGUUUCUGAAGAGAACAUCUGUGUAACAGAUAACAAGGAAAUAACCUCCGAGAGGCAGAAGGAAGGGAUCAAGUUAACCAUCAGGAUCUCCAGUAGAAAGAAAAAGCCUGAUCCACCUCCGAAGACUCAGGACACCGAGCAGAAGGAAGAGGAAGAAGUCAAUGUUGGUCGCACUUUAAGGAGGUCUCCAAGAAUAUCUAAACCUACUCCAAAAGUGGUGGAGACUCGGGAUCAGAAAACUGACAAAAAACGAGGUGAAGAAGAGGAGGAGAAAUUGGCAGCGCUGCAAAAGCAAGACCGAAGAGAGGAUGUGAAAAAACAAGAGAAGGAGUCCAAUUCUAAAGUGAGCAAGGUCACACAGAGAAGCAAAGUGCGGUGGACAGGAACUCGAACUCGUGGCAGGUGGAGAUAUUCAAGUAAUGAAGACAGUGAGGAGUCUGAGACCGAAGAAAACUCUGAGGAGGAAUCUGAGGGGGGAGAGGAAGAAGAGGAACCUGCACCUGCUGAUGAUGAUGAACCAUGCAAGAAGUGUGGCCUUCCCAAUCACCCUGAGCUAAUUCUGUUGUGUGACUCUUGUGACAGUGGAUACCACACAGCCUGCCUUCGACCCCCAUUGAUGAUAAUCCCAGAUGGAGAGUGGUUCUGCCCACCUUGCCAACAUAAAUUACUCUGUGAGAAGUUAGAAGAACAAUUGCAAGAUCUGGAUGUUGUCUUGAAAAAGAAGGAGCGGGCAGAGCGAAGGAAAGAGCGAUUGGUGUAUGUGGGUAUCAGUAUUGAGAACAUCAUCCCACCACAAGAGCCAGAAAUACCAGAAAGUCAGGAAGAAAAAAAGAAAGAUUCCAAAAAGUCAAAAUCAAAACGGCUUGAAAGGAGGUCUACUAGAACACGGAAAUGCAUAAGUUACAGAUUUGAUGAAUUUGAUGAGGCAAUUGAUGAAGCAAUAGAAGAUGAUAUCAAGGAGGCCGAUGGAGGAGGUGGUGGCAGAGGCAAAGACAUGUCUAAUAUCACAGGUCACCGGGGAAAAGACAUUUCCACCAUCCUAGAGGAAGAAAGGAAAGAAAAUAAGCGGCCACAAAGGGCCGCUGCAGCACGUCGCAAGAAACGACGGCGACUGAACGACCUCGAUAGUGAUAGUAACCUGGAUGAGGAAGAGAGUGAGGAUGAGUUCAGGAUCAGCGAUGGAUCUCAGGACGAGUUUGUUGUAUCAGAGGAAAAUCCAGAUGAAAGUGAAGAUGAUCAGCUGUCAAACGAAGACAGCGAUACAGAGUUCUGUGCCCGUAGACCCAGGCGACACCACUCCAGGCCAAUGAGACAAAGCAGGCGGUUACGAAGAAAAACGGUAAAGAAAAAAUAUUCAGAGGAUGAUGAAGAGGAAGACUCUGAGGACAAUUUAAGUAGGGAGUCUGAAAGUGGUGAUUACACAGAUUACAGUGAUGAUGAUUACCUGGAAACUAGGCGGAGAAGAUCAAGGCGGAAUCAGAAGAGACAAGUUAACUAUAAGGAGGAUUCAGAAAGCGAUGGCUCACAGAAAAGUGUUCGAUACGGAAAGGAGCUAAGACGACUUCAUAAACGCAGGCUUCCCAGUUCAGACAGUGAAGAGAGCUACAUGUCCAAGAACUCUGAAGAUGAUGAACCAGCAAAGGAAUCAAAGCAGUCUAUUCGAAAACGUAGCCGAAGUACAGACGAAUACUCAGAAGAAGAAGAAGAGGAUGGGGAUGAACCAGAGGAGGGGAGACCUGUCCGCAAACGGCUGAAUCGAAUUGAAACAGAUGAUGAAGAUAACUGCGACAAUGCGAACAAAGAUGCAGAAAAGCCUGCACCUGCAAAUAAGCCAUCAGCACCUCAUGCUCCUCAUGACAGUACCAAGAAGCCCUGCUACCGGAUAGAAAGUGAUGAUGAAGAUGACUUUGAUAAUGUAGGGAAAGUAGAAAGCCCGUUGGACUACAGCCUAGUGGACUUGCCUUCCACCAAUGGACAGAGCCCAGGUAAAACUAUUGAAACCUUGAUUGGCAAACCAAGUGAGAAGACUCAAGCCCCCAAGGACAGCACAGCCAAUGCCAACCUGGCACCCAAUGGGACGGGGGGUGGGCAGGAGGUAGUAGGGCCAGAGGAAGAGGAGGAUGAACUUUUGAGAGUGACUGACCUUGUUGAUUACGUCUGUAACAGUGAACAGUUAUAAGACUUUCUUCCAUUUUUGUGCUAAUUUAUUCCACGGUAGCUCAUACCAGCGGGCCAGUUAUUAAAAGCUGUUUUAUUUUUCCUAGAAGACUGUCCACUACAGUAUCACUUUUUAGAAGCAAGAAUUUCACCAGUUCUGCAGUCUUUCUGUGAAGUGACCAGUUUUGAACUUUGAAGAUAAAUUGCUGUAAAUUCCCUCUUAAUUUUUUUCUCUCCUUCCAAGUCCAUGGUCCUGGGUAAUUUCAUUCACAAAAACCUUAUAACAACAAGAGAUUUGUAUAUUUUUGACUUUAUAUUUCCUGAAAGCAUACAAAUUUGUUGAAAUGUGUGGCCUAUGAAAGCAUUCCAAAUCAGUCAGGGCCCAAAACGUAACUGGGGCAGGGGGCAGUGGGAGGCGGGAAUGGGGGAGUGUGUGCAGAAGCACUUGUGCUUUAGCUUUUUCAUAUGAGAUCUAUAUUAUAUUUAAAUGUUCACAACUUAGAUGACAAUUUAACAGACAGUUUAAAAAUUAAUGUCUCUACUGUUGCAUUUUGUGAGUUGUAGGUUAACAUACAUAGCUCAUUUUAGUAACCACCUUCAUGAAAGCAGCUUGAUUUAAGAUUGGAGAUAACCACAGUAAAUAAAGAGGCCAAGAAAGUACAAUAAACAAGAACUCUAGUAUCCAUUUUGACUUGCAGAGUUUCCUGAUAAACAUCCUUUAAAGUGUUUGUACAGUAAAGUGUACUGUAAUGAAGUUUUGACGGUCGAAACAUGCUAGCAAUGAAUUUAUAAAACAGUUUUUCCAUGCAUAUUUCAUCAGAUGGCCUUUAAUGUACAGAAUCUGGUGGGAGGGAAUUUGUGUGAAGUUAGUUUGUAAAUGGGAUGAUACCAUGUGAGUGCUGUAAACUUUUUCAGAUGCCAGAACCACUGUAUAAAGUAACUGCCUGGCCGUUUGAGUUUUAAACCAGCUAUCAGAGUAUUUUGAAAGGAAUACGUUUGUACAUACUGCAUUGAUCACAGGAUUACAGCACAUCUGAUGAUGGAGGGAUUUUCAAAUAAACCUUGACUGGUCCAUUCAUGCCCCUAAUAUCUACUUCAAAUUGAAGUAAACAAAUGGAGCAGUUUUCCUUUUGGAGGUUUUCUGUUUUGGAUUUGUGUGUUUGUUUUGAUUUACUUAUCUGCCUGGAUGUACUAGCAGGUUUUGAAUGUAGUGUUGGCCUUUGGCCAUUAGAAUUUUCUUAAAAUACAUUUUAAUAGUUGUCAUGUGACCAACUGAUUUCAAGAAGGCAGUAUUUCUGGGAGAAAAUGCUUGACUCCCAGACAAUAUCUCAUCACUUGGAGUGGCAUGUACGUUAGCGCAAGUAUACAGAUUUUUUUUUUUAACAGUUUAUUUGGCACAUAAUAGACAGUGAAGCUGAAGUUUGUUUUGGAUAGCACUCAGUUUUCUCUUGGCUCUUAAUUAAGAUGCAGGCUGUAAAGUUUAUACCUGUUGUAGCCCACAGCUAAAACAUAGCUGCCCAAUGUUGAAAUCUGAUAAGGUCACAUUUAUUAAACCUUUUGCGCUGAGAUUUGGAUUUCCCCCUCCCCC